AUGCGCAUCUCAAACCCUCUACUAAAUGUAUUGUUUCUCGCAACAGCCAUCACCGCGACUCCAAAGCCUCCAACCCUACCAGUCGUUGAUCUCGGCUAUGAACUUCACCGCGCACUCUCCCACGACCCUAAUACCGAUACAUACAAAUUCUCCAACAUUCGCUACGCGCAGCCUCCCACCGGCAAUCUCAGAUUUCGUGCCCCAGUACCACCUCUGACCAACCGCGAUGAAGUCCAAAUCGGAAAGGAAGUAAGGGCUUGUCCUCAGGGUAUUCCCCGCUGGCAGGCAAGAGCCGUGAAGCCGACCGCAGAAUACUCGAAUGGGAAAGAGUUCAGCCUUGAGUCUUGGGAGGCUGAUAUAAAGAACUAUACUGCUACGGCUAGGAAGCCGCCACCUCCGACGACGGAGGAUUGUUUGUUUCUUGAUGUGCAUGUUCCGCGCAAGGUAUUUGACGGUGCGAAACGAGGUAAAAGCCGCGACACUCCUGUCUUGGUUUGGAUCCAUGGUGGUGGCUAUAUCCUCAGCUCGAAGAACGGCUGGCCAACGCCCGGUUUCGAACCAAGCGGUCUUCUCCAACACGCCAAAUCCUUGAAUGAUAAUGGAAUCAUCUUCGUCGCACUUAACUAUCGUCUCGGCGCGCUUGGUUUCCUCCCAGGUGCCGAUGUUGAAAAAGAUGGGGAUCUUAACGCCGGUCUUCUCGACCAGCGACUCGCACUAAAAUGGGUACAGGAUAACAUCCAUCUCUUCGGAGGCUCCCGUGACAGAGUUACUGUCAUGGGAGAGUCAGCUGGCGGAGGAUCUGUUUUGUUGCACUUGCUUGGUAAAGAUAAGAAGCUUUUUUCGCAAAUUAUCGCUCAGUCACCUGCCUUUAUACCGACGUUCCAGACACCAAAAUCAGCGUAUACCGGAUUUCUGGAUGCAUUGAAUGUCACAUCACUUGAAGAAGCACGAGAAGCGAGCUCAGAAGCUAUCAUCAAAGCAAACGCCGCUCAGAUCGGCGCUGCGCCCGCAACUACAUACAUCUACGGUCCAGUUCUGGACAAGAAGUUCAUCCCAGAUUAUCCCUACGCCAUGUUUGAACGCGGCGACUUUGACAAAUCUGUUAAGGUCCUUGCUUCUCACACUGCCUUCGAAGGAGGUUUCUUCUUUGAUGUGGAUAACAUGACUAAUCAAGAUUUCAUUCCUUGGAUUAAACGUUCUAUACCUGGCCUCUCUGAGUCAGAGCAGAACUGCCUCACUGAUGAGCUAUAUCCGCCGAAGUUCGAUGGGAGUCUGGGAUAUACAGAUCAGGGGUCCCGACAGAUGGCCCUGUGGGGAGAGGCGGUCAUUGAUUGUAACUUUGCAGGUAUCAACAAAGUGAUGGAAGGGGAAGGAUAUGCAUACCAGUUCAACGUUACUUCUGGACUACACACACAGGAUCUCAAGUACAUCUUCAAUGAUCCGCAGAACCCCACCUUUACACCUGUUGCGCAGGAUACUCUGCAAGAUAUUAUCACGAGCUUUGUGGUUGAUGGAGUUCCAAAAACGAAGGCUGGAACUGCUGCUGAGUUUCCUCCUUGGGGCACAGCCGGGAAUAUCGUCAGUAUCAACGGGCUCGGUGGCGUAUUAAGUGAAAGUACUGUGAACCAGACUCGAUGCGACUGGUGGCAAAGAUUUCGCUCCAAGCUAAACUAG